UGACUUGAGCGCGGAGGAGAGACACGAGAGCGCUUUUCUCAUUCAGUCCGGCGACACAUCCAUGAAUGAAUGCGGUGCGUUUACUGGGAAUCCUCGGGGAAAGACGUCCAACACGAGACCAGCGAAGGACAGGAAAAGAAAAUUCAUUAACUCUGACCUGGCUUUGGACACCGAGGAGUUGUUUCAAGAUCUCAGUCAACUUCAGGAGACCUGGCUCGCUGAAGACAUGCUGGUUGUGGUCUAACUCAAACGUGAUGCUUCAGGAGUUAAGCGCGAGUGUCUUCUUCCCACCUUGCUUGCAGCACCGACCUUUAGCUCAAGUUCCUGACAAUGAUGAGCAGUUUGUUCCAGACUUUCAGAGUGAAAACUUGGCGUUCCACGGGCUGCAGUUGAGGAUAAAGAGGGAGCCCCACAGUCCGUGUACUGAUCUGGGCUCAGCCUGCAGUCAGGAGAGGCCCUUCAGACUCCACUAUGGGGAGAAAUGCCUGUAUAACAUCAGUGCCUACGAGCAGAAGCAUCCCUCGGGAAUGAAGGCCUCCAGCCCAGUGUCUACCCCCUGCAGCACACCCGUGUCCCCUGGCCAGCAUGGGUCUCCCUCUGCUGCCCCCACCCCGAAACCAGACAGGACGUACCCUCACCUCGCACCCCCGCAGCCCCUCCCUGACAGUGCUUACCCCAUGGACCACAGUGUUUUGUUCAGAUUUCGGCGGCAGUUGUCGGAGCCGUGUCAUUCCUUCCCCUCUCCUUCGAUGUCGCGGGACAGACGGCCCAUGUAUCACAGACAGAUGUCGGAACCCAGCAUCCCCUUCCCUCCUCAGGGGUUCAAGCAGGAGUAUGGCGACCCCCUCUUCGAACAUCCGGCCAUGGUGGGGGCGCCGCUCCCCCAGACGUACCCGCACUCCAUGGUGAUCAAACAAGAGCCUCGCGACUUCACCUACGACUCAGAAGUGCCUAGCUGUCACUCUGUAUAUCUUAGACAAGAAGGAUAUCUGGCCCACAAUAACAGAACAGAGGGAUGUAUGUUCGACAAAGUUGCAAGGCACUUCUAUGACGACACUUGCGUUGUACCAGAGAAGGUUGAAGGUGAUAUAAAGCAGGAGGCGGUGCUGUACCGUGAAGGCCCAACCUAUCAGAGACGAGGCUCGCUGCAGCUCUGGCAGUUUUUGGUGGCCCUAUUGGAUGACCCCUCAAAUUCACACUUCAUUGCGUGGACAGGCCGGGGCAUGGAGUUUAAACUUAUUGAGCCUGAGGAGGUGGCACGGCGUUGGGGAAUUCAAAAGAAUCGACCUGCCAUGAACUACGACAAGCUUAGCAGAUCAUUGCGCUACUACUAUGAAAAAGGCAUCAUGCAAAAGGUGGCAGGUGAAAGAUACGUGUAUAAGUUUGUCUGCGACCCCGAGGCUUUGUUCUCCAUGGCCUUCCCUGACAAUCAGCGUCCGGUGCUGAAGACCGACCUGGAGCGGCAGAUCAACGAGGAAGACACUGUGCCGUUGUCACACUUCGAUGAGAACAUGGCGUACAUUCAAGAGAGCGGCUACUGCAACCCGCACCCGUACAACGAGGGCUACGUCUACUGAAAACAAAACAAACAUUCAGACUUGUCCCUCAUUUCCGUCAGUCAUUCCCCAGGACUAAAGAGAGCACUUUAUGGACAGAGGAUGAUGGCAGUGUGUAAACCUACAAACGUACUGGUGUAGUUAUGUUAGAUGCUCCUUUGGUGUUUUUUUGUUGCGACUGAAGGGGAUGGGGUGUUUCAGCAUGCCGUUUUCUCACUGCAAAAGGCCAAAAAAGGGCAAAUGGCCUCUCUUCGGACAGAUGUUUUGAACUAUUUAGACAGGUUAGAAUCUGGAGCACGUGAGUGGAAAAAUCCCAACCUCUUUUACCAUUGAAACUCUUGGAUUGUUUGUGGAGCGUUUUGUUAUUUUCGCACAUUUGUAUUC